AUGGGUCCUCCAGGAGGAAAUCAAGGACCACCAGGAAAAGAUGGUCUUCCAGGGCCAAUAGGACCAACUGGUGUACAAGGAAUAAAGGGAGAAAUGGGACCUCCGGGAAUUCCUGCAUCACUGGAUCCAGAAGUGCUCUCUCAGUUAGAAAACAUAAACAAUCGCAUCACCAAACUUGAAGGAGUUCUCAUACUGCAAGGAAAAAUACAACAAGUGAAUAAUAAAAUACUAGCUACCAAUGGAAAAGAGGUAGAUUUUGAAGCUUCCAAAACUACCUGUAAGGAUGUCAGUGGAAGAAUUGCUACUCCCAUGAAUAAAGAAGAAAACGAUGCACUCUUAAAAAUUGUCAAGGAAUUUAACAGAUAUGCAUACCUGGGAAUACGGGAGGGGCCAACUCCUGGAGAAUUCUAUUAUUUGGAUGGGAAUCACCUACACUACACCUACUGGUAUAAAAAUAAACCAGCUGGGAUAGGAAAGGAAAAUUGCGUUGAAAUGUACACCGAUGGAACAUGGAAUGACAGGGCGUGUAACCAAUACAGGCUCACAGUUUGUGAGUUUUAA